AUGGCUGAAAUAAAAGCGAUUAAGGAUAAAAUUGACGGUGUAUUUGUGAUUGUAAACAAGCUUUGUUAUUCUACAACUAGAUUACUAAAUGAAUUUUCUGCAAUUCUCGCCAGAAAGGAUCUUCUCGAUUCCGCUACCCAAACUGAUUUCGAAGUACAUAACAGUGUCGGAUUAAAUAUAGUUGAUGCCACAAACGCGACAGAUAACCAGUGUACAUACACGCUUAAUAGUUUAUCGACCGAAAUUGAAGGUCUCAAACUAAACAUCAUAAUCACAGAAUCAAAUAUUUUAAGCAAAGUUCAGUCUAACAAUCAAGCGAUUGAGCAAAUUCGUCACGACCUAGACUCAAUCAAAAGCCAUCAGAGUAAAAGUAACUUCAUUUCAGACAAUAAUACUGCCCCAAUUACAAAUUCUGAAUCAAUUAAUGUUGUACCUACAGCUAACUCAACCAAGAUUGAUAGUACUGCCACGAUUCCCAUAUGUAAACAUGGUUCAAAUCAGUCUUGUGCUCAAUUACGGUCAACCGUAAUCUGCCAACAAAAUACCAACCCUCCCGGAGUAGCCCAGUUUUGUUCUGUUAGCAGUAACAAGCCAAAUAACAAGUUAACGCUCCAGGCCUACCCUAAUUCUAACAAACACGUUACCCAGCAAAUCAAAGGUGCACCAGGAAUAAAUAAAGGUCAACAGAAUCAUUAUGAAGUAUGCAAAUCCACCUCCGACCAUAAAUUAGAAACUCCCAAGGCCAAUCCUGAAGUAAUUAAAAUUGGAUCGACUGCUAACACAACCAAACCCCUUGGCGUAGGCGCUGGUUCUGCUAAACAUGAAUCAAAGCAGUAUUACACUCAUCAUUACAACUUAGUCAGUCCUGUAAAACAAAGUAAUUUCCAUCAACGUUCCCAAGCUGUUUUUCGCCCACAAUCAUGCAAAUGUCAGUUGUGUGAAGCCAAAACCAAGAAAUAA